AUGGAUGCUGAAUUACAGGCUUUAAGAGAAGCUAGAUUACAACAGCUUAAAAACGGUGGCGGUAGUAGCAGUACUAACGGUGGUAGUGGCAGUCGUACUGAAAAUUCAAGAAGUAGUGCUGAAUCCAUCGGUUCUUCAUUGGUGCCAUUUUUAGAAUCUAACGCUAUGGAAAGAUUACAAAGAGUUGCCCUUGUGAAGCCGGACAGAGCCUUGGCCGUGGAAUCUUACUUAAAACAACUUAUAGGUUCAGGUCAAUUACGCCAUAAAGUUAGCGAAAAUGAAAUUGUAUCAAUUCUAAAUAAUAUAUCACAAAGUGAUCAAAGAAAUCAAAGCAAUAAAAUCAUUUUCAACAGAAAAGAUCAUAACAAUCUGGAAUUUGAUAACGAUAAUCGUAACAUCAAAUCUAACGAUAGCGAUGAUGAAGAUGAUUUUUUUGAUUAA